AGAGAGGGUGACAAAGGUGGUCCGCUUCAAAAGAGAAACCCUGGUGAGAUGUUCACACAGGAGAAAAAGAAGGAGGGCAGUAAGGGAGUUUAGGAGGAGGAGAAAGGGAGUUUAGCGUUGGAGUUUAGAUUUUGAGUUUAUUCCUCAUGAUGUCCCCAUCCUGUGCUGCGAUGACGGUGGUGGCUGCUCAUUACUAGGGGCAUGUGUGUCGUUUUGAUGAGAAAAGUGGACUGAACGUGGCUGAGGAAGCUGUGGAAGUAAACACUGGACGAGGAUGAGUAAAUUGAAAGGGGAGGAGAGCAUCAUGUCAUACCUUGCACAGAGUGAGACUGACACCAGCCCCAAAGACUUGAAUGUAGUGGCCAUGCUCCAUAAUUUCUGGGAGCAGAGGCAGAUAGGUCAGUCAAACGGUUCCUCCAGUGAAUCUGAUGGUUCUGUUGGGGACGCAGCCAUCCAGACAGAGAGCUUGCUGCUGUAUGAGUCUGCACCGUCCCCUGGCCCUCCUUACAUCUGCUAUGUCACCCUGCCUGGAGGAAGCUGCUUUGGAAAUUAUAAGGUGUGCAACACUCAGGCAGAGGCUCGGAGGGAUGCAGCUCGCGUGGCUCUGAUGAACUCACUUGUAAACGAGCUGCCCUGCAGACGAAUCAACCCUCAGUUCAUCACUCAGAGUUUGCAGCAGGCAGCCACAGACAGUGCUGUGUCUGUUGAAGAUGCAUGUGAUUCAAGCACCAGCAUAGGAACCUACAGUUUGCUGCUCCACUCCUACAUAGGAAGGACCAUGCUGGAGUUCCAGGAGAUGAUGACAAUUUUUCAGUUGUUGCACUGGAACGGGACACUGAAGGCUCUGAGGGACAGGCAGUGCUCUCGACAGAGUGUGAUUACCUAUUACUCUCGACAAGGACUUGGCGAGUACAUGCGCAGCAGCUUGGCUCUGGAUUGGCUCGGACGGGAGCAGAGGUCACCAGGGCGCCUCGGGGAGGAGCUGCAGGUGGCGCAGAGGGAGCUUGUGUUGGCGCGGCGUCGAGGGAUAGAGCUGCGCUUCUACAAAGAAAAGACAGAGAUCCUCAGCCUGGCUCUGAGUCAAGCAUACAUUCACCACGCACCUGAGGCCUUCAGCCAGGCCCCGAGUCACACAUAUAUGCAAGACCAAUUUCCUUUACACACAUUAAACAGCCAGGAUACAGAAGUCCAGAUAACUCCGCCCUGCAGUCCUUCACCAACCCUCCAUAAAAACACAAAGCAAACAGUCUGUCAAACCUCUGCCAAACACAUGCCCUCCAACAGUCCUGCACUCACAGCAGACUUCUGUGCCUUUAAAUAACUUUAAAUAGACUG